GUCUCCGGUGCUAGCAACUAAUGGCUCCAACCCGUUGGUCGGCGAGGAGCAAGAGGAAGCGAUGUUCUUCCCACGGCCAUGGCUGGGGUUCCUGCGGCGGCAGCUAAAGCCGGUGGGAAGAAGAAUCGGCCACAACGGCAUCGCCGAAGCCUAAGAGAUCCGGCCCGGCCCUCUUGAGACGCCCGUCUGGGCGGUGAACGUCGGAAACGCUGAAGCUGGCGAGCCGGGGCCCCGAGUUAGGAGCUCCUCCUGCGUUGCGGAGCUCGGCUCCCCAGAGCCUCGCCCCGGCUCAGCAGAAGAGGAUGAAAAAACGCAAGGAGCUGAACGCGCUCAUAGGCCUCGGCGGUGGAAACGGCGACCGGGGAAGCGGAAGCGGCGGAGGCGGCCGGCUCAAAAAGAAGCAUCCCAGGAAAGGCUCUGCCUCGGGGCAUCGGUUGCUCCGCACCGAGUCUGCCGAGAGCAUCACCAGCAGUUCCUCUGAUCCGGAUUACGGGGACAGAUUCGGACUGCAGGGCUCCCGCACCCGCUUUUCUAAGGGUGACUACCUGCGAUGCUGCAAACUCUGCUGCCCGUUAUGUACUUUUGUCAUCCUGGCUGCUUGUGUGGUGGCCUGUGUUGGAUUGGUAUGGAUGCAAGUUGCUCUCAAAGAAGAUCUGGAUGGAUUAAAGGAAAGAUUUAGAACCAUGGAAUCUAAUCAAAAAACUUCAUUUCAAGAAAUUCCCAGAAUGACUGAAGACCUCCUUAACAAAGAAAAGGAAUUGGAAAAAAUUAAGAAUGGAGAUUUGGGGAUAAACAAAAUAUGGAUAAACAUCACUGAAAUAAACAAACAGAUAUCUUUGUUGAUGUUGGCAGUAAAUCAUCUCAAAGCAAAUAUGAAAUCUGCUUCUGAUUUAAUUAAUCUUCCUGUUACAGUGGAAGAGCUUCAGAAAAGUGUCGCUACUAUAGGUAGCACAGUAACUAGUGUUCAUCAUGAUGUUGAGGCCAUGCAAGCAGCAAUUGAAGAGCAAAAGAAGACUCUAGAAACUCUCCAAAAAGAAAUAAAUGAACACACAGAAGAUGUUAGACAAAAGCAUUUACCUUCCUUUUCCUCCUCUUCUGUCCCCCAGAUAAAUGAAAAGAAUAUGACGAACAUUUGUAAACAGGAUAACCAAUAUCUAGAUAUCUCUAUAGAGGAAAUGAACUCUACCCUAAUGUUACAUCAGAAACUGAAUGAUUUAAAAUUUUUCAAUCUGGAUUCCACAGUCACCAAUCUAAGCUGGAAAAUUACUUCCUUAGAAAAUCACAUGUUCGUUCUGAACAAACCGGAAAAGAGAAAGAACCUUACCUUUGGUAUGGUGAGUAACCUAACUACCUCGGUAAAUAUGGAAAGUGAAUCAAGAAAUGAAACUACUGCUGAAAAAGUAGAAAAUAUGGAGAAAAUAGAAAAUGGAGAAUCUCAGGUAUCCAAACUAAGAGAAAAGCUGCAGUUGAUUAAUGCUCUGUCAAGCAAAUCAGAUAGUGAACGAUCUGAAGCACUUAAAGUAGAAAAUUCACAGAGCAUCACAUCAGAGCCUACAAAACUUCCAAGAAUUUCUUCAAGAUCACUUGGCAAUAAUGUUGAGGGAAGUCGACACCCAAGAAGCUUGUCCUUACCUGGAAUAUCCAAAAUAGAAGAUCUUCAAAAUUUAUUCAGGACUUCUAGCCAAGGCACUAAUGACAAGUUAUCAUAUGAGGACCUGGAAAAUCUGGUUGAAUCUAUAGUGGAUGAUCCACAGAGUUUUCAGGAAUUUGAUGAAGAUGGAGAUGGAAGAUAUUCUAUAUCAGAACUGAAAGUAGCAUUGGGUCUAUAGUAUCUUUUCUUAUAAACACAGUAUUGAAGGACUACAGAAGCUAUUGUUUUUUUUUUAAACCAACUGAUUAAGUAAAAACUACUUAUAGCACUUUUCCCAGUGAUCUACUAGUUCCGUGAUAGCGAACCUGUGGCAUGCGUGCCCGAAGUGGCACACAGAGCCAUGUUGCCUGGCAUGCACUGCAUUGCUGCUUCUCGAUUUCUGGCGCACAUCUGCACGCGAUGAUCAGCUGGCUUUGUGUGUGCAACAGUGCCGGAAACUGGAAGAGCUGGUCUUCCAUUUUCCGGCAUGAGCAUGCAUGCUGGCCAGCUGAUCGGCACAUGCACAUGUGUGGCAGUAACCGGAAGACUUGCAUGCGCACCGGAAACCAGAAGUACUUUAUCCGGCGCGCGCAUGCCCCCUAGGCAGCUCCUCUUCCUGGUUGUGGCCCUGACGAGCGAAGUGCUCCCUUUUUGGCACUCAGUCCUGAAAAGGUUCGCCAUCACUGUACUAGUCUUUGAAGUUAAUUUAGUGCAGGGGUCAGCAACCUGCGGCACCGGAGCCGCAUGUAUCUCUUUCAUCCUUCUGCUGCGGCUCCCUGUUGCUGGUCGGCUCCAGAAUUGAUAGGCCUUUUGUUUAGGACAGGUAGAGGAAAAAGGAUGCCAUGCUAGGAGGAGACUAUGGUGGGGGAACUGGACUUCCAGUCGGCAGAGGAAAAAGGACGCUGCACUAGGAGGAGACUGUGAUGGGGGAACCGGACUUCCGGUUGGCUCCAGAAUUGAACGGGGGCUUCCUGUUGGGACCUUUGUGGGUCUUUGAGUGUUUAAGGUUGCCGAUCCCUGAUUUAAUGUAACAAUUGACACCUUUUAAAUUUUCUGUUCUUUGGAAAACAGUGAAAAGCUUUUAUAUUUUUAUCUGUUGUAACAUAAGAUAUGUUGACCCCUGAAAGUUUUUCCAACUUUUGAGGCCCUGAUCCAGGGGUAAAUAGCCAUGCCUAAGUCUGUUUAUGCAAAUAGGGCCUAUUAAUAGCAAAUACAUUAUUGCAUUGGUUUGGAUUCCCACAGAACUAGGGACAUUUUAUUUGUCCUGGAUCACAGCCCCAGGAUUGCAUUGCAUUGAAUUGAAUAGUUGUAAUGAAAAUGAUAAUUGCACCUUAUGACGAAGAAUUUUAUCUCAGAGUUCUUAUUUCCCUUAUAAGGGAAGCUCAUCUUCAAGUUAAAAUAUGUGUAUAUAUUGACAAACUUGAUUUUAUAUUUCAAAUUUGCCUUAAAUUAGCUGCACUUUAGAAUAAAAUAUAAAAAUCUGAUUUGCAGGAUGGGAUUCUUCCGUUUGUAAAUAUUUAAACUAGAAUAACUUAUACAUAUUUGGGUCUAAUUUUCAUCAAAAGUAAUCAAUGUUCCAGUUUGUAUUAAGUAAAAGUCGACAAUAGAAAACAUUUCUUCUUCCUAGGAAUUACACUUGUAUGACACUCCUUUCCUAUAUUUGUUUGUGAAUCACUGGAAAGUUUUGUGCUAUUCAAGGACUAAUUUUUAUGCCAGACUCUAAAGGAGACUUCAGUUCUUGAAAUUGAGAUAAAAAGACAUUCUGAGAAACUGGUCGUAAGAAUAAUAUUUUUUUCUGAUUUUAAACAGAUCACAGAUUCAUUGUUAUUUUCAGUUAUAAUAAUUUUAUGAAGAAGGAUUCCUGCUGGAAACACUGCAAUAUUUACUUCAGUUUUUCCUCAUUGUAUUGGUGAUACUUUAUUCAAUUAACCUUCCCCAAUUUAAAAAAGAAUAAAAAAUGGUGUUAAUGGUUAGCAUAGUUAAUAUUAUCAGUAAUUAGGAUACUCUCAGAGAAGAAUGAGGUGAUAAGGACAUAAUUAUAUUUUGUACUAAGUACAUCUUUGUGUUUUCGCUCUGUAGUUGGCUGAUUUAUUUUAACAUUAAUUCCAAUGUGAGGUUCAACUGGAUUGAGAUUGUGGCAUGGAUGUGCUAUUUUCUCCACAUUAUAAUUAAAUCUCCUGCUUCUUAAAUUGCAGUUUGAGAAAGAUUUCCACUAGGAGUACAGCAUCUUCCUAUGUACUAUGGCCUAUCAAGAUUAGUAAGCUUUUGCCUUAUUAAAAAAAAACAUGUGUUUGUGAAUGUGAAGUCACUUAUGGUGAUGUGGCAUGAGCUAUAAACUUGGAAAUUCAAAGCAUUUUAAGCUGCUGUAUUUUAUUUUAUUUUAUUGUUAUUGAAAACAUCAGAUGUUAUCAGGCAAACAAAUGGUAGGAUUUUGUUUAGUAAAUAACCUCAUAUAAACAUUAUUCUCUAUACAAACCAAACACAGCAAGGUUUUCUAAUGUGCCACUAUUACUGUAAAGCUAUUUUAAAAGGAUAUGUCGAGUAGAAUGCUGUCAUAGUUGUUGGCUUUCUUUACAGUUUUUAGUUUUUAGCAAAUUUAAGUUCUCAGGAAUCUCCAUUGCCCAUCACAAAAUUCAGGCUUCUUGGGAGAAUAAUGGCACUGGUUUCUAUCAAAGUACUGAGCACUGGUGUACUAGAAUAUGAUGUAAACAGAUGCCUUCCAAAAAUUUAAUGAACAGUUUUUUGAAAACCAGAUUCCCUUAUCUAGAUAAUUAUCCAGAAUGCAUAUUGUUUCCUUAAGUUUAUAUGUUAGCUAUACCCAUUAAAGCUCAAAAUUCAUAUUGCAAGGUAACUGAACACCAGUAUUCUUUUGGAUAAAAUUAGUUUUAUAUGCUUUGUGUAUAAAAACUAUUGACCAAAUAAAGCAAUAACAAUUAAAUAUAGCAGUAUUUGUAUGUGUGUAUGUCAUACGAUUGUAUAGCAAAAUAUUGAAGGUAUUUUUUAAAGGUGGCUUGUUAUGAUCCAUAUGAAAAGAAUGACUUUUAAUCUCAGUAUUAAGUUAAUUAUCAUGAGCACUUUUAGGAAUUGUUUUUAGAUACAUUUUUAUUGUAAGAGAAAUCUCACUCCAAAAUUUUUGAUCCAAUUUAGAAGCUGAAGUCAUAGUCUUCAAUAACUCAAUACCGUAUUGUAAGAGAAAUAUGUAUUUGAAAUCUAUCCUACAUUAAAGGAAUGCUUUCAGUAGAAAAAAUUACCUAAGGUUAAUUCAUACUUUGUUAUAGAGCAGGAAGGAAGGUAUAAAUUAUCACUUGAAUACCAGCAUUUCCUCACGUGUGUAUGUCACCACUGAGAAAUAAGGCAUUCAUAUUAGGCAGAUUUAGGGACAUGAAGUGAUAAAAUGUCUAAACUCUGAAGUGCAAAAGCUUGCAAAUUUUCCCUAUUUGCAAGCCUUUUAGAAAGCUAACUCUUCAUAUAAAAUCUUGAAGUAAUUCUAUCUUUCUAUUUUUGAAUAUCAUUAGAGCCUUCAAAAUGCAUUGUUUGUCUUAUUAAGUAUUUCUUCUAAUUUGCAAUAUUUGUGCAUUUAGAAGUAAAUUUAUGCAUAUUAUCAAGAAAACAAAAUAAAUAUGGCAAACAGAGAACUAUAAAUUGGCUCAAAUAAGCACAUUCUUUGAAAUUAUUUCAGGUUAAUUAACAAUGUGCGCAACAGCUAUACAGCAGAAUUGAUUUGAAACUGAAUAUGUAGCAUUCUUCCCAGAGCUGAGCCUGCCUUUUUAGGGAAGAUUAUGUAAGGAAGAGUAAUGGGAAUUAGCUAAACCGCUGGUCAAAAUCCUAGCAUUUCCCCCAUUUUACCUUCAUCAUCCUUAAGGUAUAAUACUCUUCUGAACUGAUGCCACAAGUCAUAUCAUGUCUGUCUAUCAGCCAUGCUGAGUAGGAUAGCUAGAAGCGGUAACAUAUUUUAGAAAAACACAAGAUUUGGAAAUGUUCAUGUGGAUAUUAAUCUACAGGUUUUUUUCCAGUGUUCAUCUUCAUAGGUGCCCAUGAAAUGGAUUCAUCUAUUUAGAUUGGUAAUAACAAAAGGUUUCAAAUGAAUAUUGGAUUUAUUGAAAUGCUUCCAAUGAAUAUAUUAUUUUUAAAAAUUAGAUUAUCCAGGUAUUUCACACAACAAUAGAAUCCCUUGAUAAAAUUAGGGACAUUUAGAAUAGAAAGAAUAGGGACAGGGUAACAUAACAGUGGAAUGUAUUGUAUCUUUUGUGAUUGCACAAAAAAUUCUAGUGGCACUUAAAAAGUAAAAAUUACUUUAUUGCAGAUUGUUUUUUUGUUCAGAUAAUCAUAUGAAAAGAAUUAAUAAAAUUAAGAUUUAUAGAAAAGGGUAGUUUAUUUGUAUGGAGAACCGUAACAUUGUAAAGGGAAAAAUUCUUAAGGGUUUUGAAAGAUCAAAACCUGUUUCUCUUGUAUGAGAGUGUUGGCUGUACUUAAAAGUGGUACUGCUUUUUAUGCUAUUUUAAAAAAAAGAGUCUUGAUUUUAUAUCUCCAGAGUGAAAAUUAUGUCAUUUUGAAUAUGAAUAAUUAAUCCGACCUUUAAAAUGUUAAAACAAUUUUGUGCUAUGAAUCAUAGUGUUCAUCUAUGGAAUUUGUUCUUUAGGAUUUGUAUUGGAAUCCACUGCACUGAAAGUACACUGGUUUUACAUUGUAUAAAAGCAAUUGAUUUGCAUUGUCCUACUUAAACUAAUUGAAAUGGUUUAUAAAAUUGGGCCUCACAAAUGUGCAAAAGCUCUAAUGGAGUGGAUGAAAGCUGGAUUUAGCUAUUGCAUUUUGCACCUAUUAUGCAUUGUGAAUGUCAAAUCUAAAUAAAAUAGUUUGUUUUGGG